UAAGGAGUCAGGGUUCGGUUUUGUUUGGGUCAUGUGUGAGGCAUCGUCUGCUCUGAGACCAACAUAACAUCCCGGCGACCAACCAUCUUAAAUAACGUCUAUACCACAUAUUUGUUCAUUGUGUAUGAUAUGGCGUCACUUCUUUUAAGGCGGAUAUAUGCGGCUCAAGAGUUUACACUGUCCCGAAGGAGAGGCAAACAGCUGCUUCACAUGUGCCAGGCAUUAUAUGUUGUUGACAAAGGACACUUAGCAAAACUACGAAAAAGAACAGGUUUUUCCAUUAGUAAUUGCAAGAAAGCACUUGAAAUGCAUAGUAAUGAUCUUGAAAAGGCUGAGGUUUGGCUGAAAGCGGAGGCACAAGCGCAAGGAUGGGCAAAAGCUACAAAACUCUCCGGCCGCAGCACAACGCAGGGGCUUAUUGGUAUCCACAUAGAGGGUAACACAGGUGCCAUGGUUGAGGUCAAAUGUGAAACCGACUUCGUAACCAGAAACGAAAAUUUCAAGACAUUGGUGGCUCAGUUGGCAAGAGAAUGUAUGAAAAGUGCCACCUUAAGUCCACAUCAAAGUAUAACUAAGGCUGCCUUAUCAGAAGAACAGUUAAUACAACUGGAGACGAGCGAGGGGAAAACCUUGGGAGAUCACUUGGCUCUUGCUAUUGGUUCUAUUGGAGAAAACAUGAGUUUAGCCCGUGCUGUGCAAGUAAGAGGAGGCCCUGGGGUACACCUGCUUAGUUAUAGCCAUCCAAGUACACCUGAUGAAAAUCUUGUAACUGGCAAAUUUGGUGUGAUUUUAGCACUGAAGACACGAGGUGUACUUAGUGAAGUUUCAAGACAGCUCUGUGUACAUGUUAUAGGUAUGAAUCCAAAAGCAGUGGGAACAUUGUCUGACCCAAAGGCUUGUGAUCCUGAUGAUGAGACACUCCUGGUUCAUCAAGAGUUUCUCAGUGACCCUGAGAAGACUGUUGGUGAGGUGCUUCAGGAAGAAAACAUAGAUAUUGUGGACUUUAUUCGUUUUGAAGCUGGAGAAUAUAACAAUGUUGAUUAGUUUUGUUUACAUUAAUUUAAUAAAAUCUUUAAACGCU